AUGGCUGACUACGAGAACGACAACGGCCGUUACGCCGACGAGCCCCGGUACGACCGCGAUCGCAGCGCUUCUCCUCGCGAUGAGCCUCGAGCCGACCGCGACCGUGCUCGCAGCCGCUCCCCCAACGGCCGCUCCGACGACAGAGCUCCUAUUUCCCGCAAGCCCAUUGAGGAAGAGGAUGAGGGUGCCAUCAACUCCGGCUCCAACCUUUUCGUCACUGGCAUUCACCCCCGUCUGACCGAGUCCGACAUUUCGCGUCUCUUCGAAAAGUACGGUGAUGUUGACAACUGCUCUAUCAUGCUGGACCCCCACACCAAGGAGUCUCGCGGAUUCGGUUUCGUCAACAUGGUUACUGCUGAGCAGGCCGACGCCGCUAAGGAGGGUCUGCAGGGCGAGGUCAUUGAGGGUCGCACCUUGAGCAUUGAGAAGGCUCGUCGCGCCCGUCCCCGUACUCCUACUCCUGGAAAGUACUUUGGUCCUCCCAAGCGUGGUAAGUUUACAUCCUCCUCAUUCCAUCGCGUUGUUCUUCGUCAAGCUUACACACUUUCUUUGUUAGAGGGUGGAGGUCCUGGAGGUGGUGGUGGUGGUGGUGGCCGCGGUGGUGGCCCUCGCCGUGAUCGUUACGAUGACCGCCGUGGACCCUACGGUGGUGGCUGGCGCCGUCGCGACGAUGAUUACUCCCGCUACGGUCGCUACGACUCUUACAAUGACCGCCGCGACUAUGGUCGCAGCGACUACGGCCGUGAUUACCCUCGCCGUGAGUACGGUGGUGGUGGUGGCGGUGGCCGCGACUAUGGUGGUCGCCGUGAGUCUCGCGAUGACUAUGGUUACCGUGGAGGUGCUGACCGCUAUGGCGGUGGCCGCGAGGAUCGUUACAGCCGUGAUGACCGCCGCGGUGGUGGUGAUGAGCCCCGUGGUGGAGGUGGUGGUGGCUACUACGACCGUGAUGCUAACCCUCCCUCUUUCGAUGCUGCUGGUCCUCCUCGUGAGGCUCGCGAUCCUUACGCCGGUGGUGGUGGUGGCGGCGGUGGUGCUGGUGCUGGUGGCAGUGGCAGCCGCUCCUACGAAGGCCAGGCACGCAGCGGUGGUGGCGAGGACCGCUACGCUGGCAGGUAA